AUGGCAGUCAUUAGGACAUUAGAAAAUACUUUUAAGUAUCUUGCAGAAUCAGCAUUACAGAAAAGUUCAAAAUCUUUAAUGUUUUUUCAUGAUAAAAGUGAUGCAUCAAAACAAUUAAAAAACAUUUUAAUAAGAUUAGAUCAUUUAUCCAAUGAAUAUAAUGAAAAGUAUAAUGAAAUACCCACUGAAUUAGUUAAAGGAGAUAACAACACGUUCCUAUUCAACAAAUUAUCAAAAAAGUAUAAUUACAAUGAAAAUAUAAAUUUAAAAAAUGAUACAAAAUUCAAGUGUGAUGAGUUAGCUGAAAUUAUUAACAAUCUUAUUGAUAAUGGACAAAUACAAGACUUAAACAAAAGUACUAUUGACUUAAUAAAUACAGUAGUGCAGUCAAGGAAUUUCAAUCUCAAUUGA